AUGAGAGUACUACUUCUACUUGUCGUCUCUGUAGCUGUCGUAUCAUGCCUUCGAUUUGCUCACCGCAGCCAGGCCCGUCUUCAUAGCCGUCCGAAGGCGACGACACUGAAAGCAGUGCCGGUGGUGCUGUGGCACGGAAUGGGUGACAGUUGCUGUAACCCGUUAUCCAUGGGAAGCAUCAAAGCUCUUAUCGAAAUGAAUGUCGAAGGGGUAUACGUGAAAAGCCUGAUGUUCGGUGGAAAUGUAGCAUCGGAUAUCGAGCUCGGUUUUAUGGCAAACGUAAACGAAUUGGUGAAAAAUGCAUGUGAACAGAUCCGCAACGAUACUCGGCUUCAAUUUGGUUAUAAUGCUGUUGGCUUCUCUCAGGGAGGACAAUUUCUGAGAGCUGUCGCAGAAAGAUGUCCUAAUCCACCAAUGAAAAAUCUUGUAUCAGUAGGUGGCCAGCAUCAAGGAAUCUUUGGCAUACCGUACUGUUUGGGCGACACUUGGCUGUGCAACACAAUUAGAAAACUCCUCGACAUUGGCGCCUAUAAGGAGUUCGUUCAAAAAAGAGUUGUACAAGCUCAAUAUUGGCAUGAUCCUCUGCACGAAGAGGAAUACAAAAAGGGGAGCAUAUUUCUUGCUGACAUCAAUAACGAACGGGCGAUCAAUCCGGACUACAGGAAGAAUUUGCUGAAACUCAAGAAUAUGUUGCUCAUUAUGUUCGAGCAGGACGAGAUGGUUGUGCCAAAGGAGUCAUCGUGGUUUGGUUUUUAUAAAGAGGGUCACUUGGACGUCAUUCUAUCGAUGAACCAGACGAAGCUCUAUGAAGAGGAUCGCAUAGGCCUAAAAAAGUUGAAUGAAACCGGGCGGCUACAUUUUCUUGGAGUGAAGGGCAAUCAUCUUAAAAUUGGACGCGAAGUGUUUGUAAAAGAAGUUAUUGACAAGUUCUUAAAAUAA